UCUGGACACUGGGUCUCACUAUCGCCAAAUAUAUUUGGAGAUCGGCUUCGGCUACGGCUUGGCAGACAUUUUUUUCUUUCUACAAUUUUAAAUUAAAUUUAUUAGAAUAAAUGCUUCGAACACACGCGAUCUAAGUACCUUUUGUGUUUAUUAUACCUUACCUACCUAGGUAUAAAAAGAGUACUUACGUAGAUUUUCUUUUAUUAACUGUUUUAUACGAAGAUCUUGAUCUCUCAAAUUAGCAUCCAUUUUACUUCCAGUGAUUAUCAACUAAAUUAAUAAUCCACAAAGUAUUAAAUAACGUUUUUAUGAAAUAUUUAGCACAAAAACAAUACCCUUUAAAUAUCGAUCGUCAGUAACUGUGGCUGACUUACCUAUAUUCUAGCAAGCAGGACUGCCAGAUGUGAAGGGGAAAUCCCCAAUAAAUUGUUGCAUGUGACUGAUGAUGUGAGCAUGUUCGUUUCAUAAUAAAAAUGUUGCCAGGUAACCAAAAAGUCGUAUGUUUUUGUGCGAAUUACGAUCAUAAUCUUUACGAUCGUACAUUAAAAAAUAGACAAAUAAUAGUAUGAGUACGAUUUAAAUCGUAUAUCUCUCAACCCUGCUAGCAAGACAGCGACAAAAUCACGUUGCAUAACAAUGUAGCCCAAGCUUAUAUCUUAUGAAAUAUACGGAAGAGAUACGGACUUAGAAAAAACAGAAAUGUUGUUCUUUGUGGAAGUCAUUGAUGAAAUUCUAUGUAUUUUAGCCCGCAAACUUUCUUCAAACAAAAACAGCGCCAUCUAGUAUCGAGUUCUGUAAUUAUCUCUUUGUUUAUGGAUUUGAAGUAAGACCGCCACGCAUGCAAUACAUUAUGACUGGGGAUUCCCCUAUUCGUCGACGCUGAAUAUGAGGCGACGACAAUCACUGUCAAACGUGUUCACUAUUACUCUGACUCUGGUAACGUGACUUCCUGGUAACGUGUUAGGUAGGAAAAGCAGUAAAAAAGUGCAUAUUAAGGGAGCAGAUUUGAAAUAAUAUUUAUACUUAACAAGAAAUAAUUAAAGGUUCAAUGGGGAGACCUAAAGAUUUACGCAUAUGGGAGCACUACCGUACUUUACCAAACAAGUCUGUUUCUUGCAAGCUUUGUAAUAAGGUCUACAAAUUCAGUAAUGCUGCCAAAAUGCUUCAACAUCUUAUCACUUGUCCAAAAUCUCCAGAAACAUUAAAAGACUCUAUGAAACUUAUAAAAGAUAGCUCGUCCAAAACCAAAAUGUCUGGACUGUCAGAGAUAGAGACAAAUGAUUCUUUUAUAAGCCCCUCGUCGUCUGCUAACACUACAAUAAAUGCUGAGUUUCAAGACACCGAUGAUCAUAUAAAAACAGAAUUAGCGAGAGCUAUAUUUGUAACAGGGACGCCAUUAUCGAUGGUGCAACAUCCUUUAUGGAUACAAUUUUUCGAAAAAUUGCAACCAAAAUUUAAAAUACCUUCACGUAAAGCUUUAGCGACAAAAUACUUAGAUAAAAUAUAUAGAGAAAUGCGUUUUGAGUUAAAUGAGGAACUAAAUGCUUGUAGUUACUUACACCUUCAGUGCGAUGGCUGGUCUAAUUUAAGAAAUGAAGGAAUAAUAAACUUUCUUAUAUCAAAACCUCAACCUGCAUACGUUAAAAGUUUGAAUACAGAAAGUAAUCCUCACACUAGUGAAUACCUUAGCCAAGAAGUUGAAAAGGUAAUGAAAGUGUAUGGAGCAAAUAAGUUUCUUGUACUUAUUAGCGAUAACGCUAGAAAUAUACAAAAGGCAUUCGAAUUAACAAAACUCAAAUAUCCACAUGUUGUUCCUCUCGGUUGCUGUGCACAUAUCCUUAACUUGUUGUGCCAAGAUAUUGUAAAGAUACAAGAAGUAACUGUGUUUAUUAUGCAAGCCAUAAAUAUAAUAAAAACUGUUAAAAGGAGUCAACGAUUAAGUUCCUUGUUGAUAAAAUCAAGGCAGGGUGAAGAUUCUACACAAACACUAAAAUUGCCUUGUGCUACAAGAUGGGGAAGUCAUGUUACUUCGUUAAAAAGUUUGAAAGCAAAUAAGAUAGCUUUGCAAAUAUUAACAGUUAGAGAAGAUGUGGUAAUUUCAAGAGAUAUUAAAGAUUUAAUUCUAAGUGAUGAUUUCUGGACGAAGACAGGGGAAUGUAUAAGUAUUUUGGAACCAGUCACUGAAAGCAUAUUUUACUUAGAGAGCGACCAGAAUCGUUUGCAUCGCACAUACAUUACAUUUAGAGAUGUACAAGCUAAGAUACGUUUUGCAUUAAAUGAGAUUUCGACAUUGAGCGAAGAAAGCAAACAGCAGAUUCUAACAUCAGUAUCUUCAAGAUGCAAUAUGGCAAUGAGGCCAAUACAUUUUGCAGCAUAUAUUCUAGACCCCAGGACUCUAGGAGUCGAACUUACUCAAGAGGAAGAACUUAAGGGUAUGGAGUUUAUCUACAAUUUAAGCCAACACUUAAGUUUGUCAAAUGUAAUGGCAGAUUUGGCGUGUUAUAAAGCUAAAGAAAACUUUUGGGCCAGAGGAUUUGUAUGGAGCUCAUUAGAUAGCAUUGAGCCCCUAAUAUGGUGGAAAGGUAUUUGUGGUUCCACUGAGUUAAGCAAAGUAGCGAUUCGUAUUCUAUCAGCUCCCUGUACUUCGGCAGCCACUGAGCGUUCCUUUAGUAUCCAAGGCUACAUACAUAAUAACAAAAGAAAUCGACUUACAACUGAAAGAACUGAAAAAAUUUCAUUCAUUUGUUAUAACUGGAAUCUUAAACAUAAAGCUGAAUGCGAGGACAUUCAGUUUAAUGAAGAAAAUACCUUAGAAGCUUUCAUUGAGCAAGUAAAUGAACAUAACAGUUUAGACGAAAUAGAGCCUAUCGAACCUAUACAAUUCAUCGCUUGUAAUAACUCUGAAUCUGACAGUGAUUGACUGUAGUUUUACAUUUUACUUUCAUCUCUUUCUUAAUAAACUCAAAAUCAAAUUAAAAGUUUUUUAUUCUGUAGGCUGCAUAAUAAUAUUGUCUAUGUCCAGUAUAGUGGACGUCUUGCGGCUGAGAUGACGAUGAUGAAGUACAAAAUCAUAAACACCCAAAAAUUUGGGUGUUUAUGGGGUUUAAACCCAAUAAACCCAAAACACCCGGUUUUUACCCACCAGACUUUAAACCCACCCAGGUGGAUUGCCCAUCUCUACCUAGCACCCUUCAUUCUUUACUCUUUGCGAGGAACAGAGAUAUUACACUGUAUCUAGUACGAUCAUUGCUGUAGUACACUCUUGUAUGCACAGUCGUUCCUUUACAAUGAAAUUUCCAAUUGAAUCAAAAAUUGGUUUGACUGUUUUAGUUACACUAGUAGGUUGAAAUUAUAUGAAAAAUCAUUGUUGUCUGAAGCGAGAAUAUUUAUUUUUAAUCAAGUUUGUAGAGUUUGGCGUACUCCUGCCUGUUAGCUUUAUUCAAGGUUGGCAGGUGCCUACUUUUUCUUCUCCGAACAAAAAACAAGCGUGAUUAGCACGUUUAUACUCGUACACGCAGUUCGUUCCAUUAAAUUAUAUAGAACAAAAAGUAGUUUUGGUUAUUACCUACUUAAUUUGUUUGUCAAAUUGAGUUACCUACCUAUAAUUAAAGUUUGGCGAUUUUAUUAUUAGAUAUCUAAUGAUAAAGGAAGUGGUUAAAUUAUCCGCAAUUCAUUAAAGAGAAUCUUAUGAUUUUAUUUAUUUAUUUUUUAUUGAAAAAAAAAAUACCAAUAGCUACUGCGUUUUAAUGUGAUACCUAUUAGUUUCACUUAAGUGUAUUUGGUCGAGAAAGCUUGACUAGUGUUGGGACCAUCCGGGACCUUUAGUCUUGAGCGGCUGUGA